AUGGCUCGUAAUCCUUACUUCCAACUCCCCCACCUCGCACUGCCUUGGGAAGUCAUCGAGAACGUCAUUGAACAGUCUCGGAACGAAUCCCAGGUCCUGUACAACGUUUCGACUACAUGCCAUCAGCUGCGCCCUCGCAGCCUCUCUCUCCUCGUUGCCCACGUUAAGCUGAAAAGCGAGGGAAAGGUCCUUGCCUUCUGCGACUUCCUCCGUGGCAAGCCGUACCUGCAGCCUCUCGUCCGUUCAUUGGUCGUAUCGCCUACCGACUUUGCGCCCGUUCCACUACUUUCGCUCCUUCCUGGCCUCGGCGACAUCGUCCUCAUCACUCAUGGAUACGACGACACACGCAGAGAGGAGCGACCUACGACCUGUCUGAAUAAAUCUAUCCCUUGGUACUACAAACACGGGACGCGUAUCGAGACACUACACCUCUAUAACCUUUCCUUUUCUACAUGUUGCGCGUUCUCCAGAAUGCUCUCAGCAUUCACGUGCGUGAAGGAUCUCACCUGCAUGGACCUCCUUAUCAGGACGAAGGAAGGGAGCCACCCACUUCAAAUUCAAGGGAGUAAUCAACGUCUGGCAGAGCGACUGGCGCUGAGGGUGCUCACACUGGACUGGGAUGUGGAGGAAGCUGCGGUAGACUUGCUUCUGGAUCUAACCCGAAGCACCGUAGAGCGCCUGCUCUUGACAGUGCCGCAUAGUUACAAAUUUGUGGAUCCUGACGCCCAGUUGUAUUCCUUCUCGAAAGCUGCGGAUUGGAAACAACUACGAUUCCUGACGCUCCAACUGCUCUUCGAGCCCGAAAGCAUGCUGGAGGCCAUCGACUUCUUCGAUGCUUUUCAUCCUCCACACUUGCAAGGGGUCACAUGUCUUCUUUCAAGUGACCUAAUAUCUGUGCUAUACUGCACCAACGAAACGGAGGAAUCCGAGCUACCGUUCCAGGAGCUGGAACAAAUUCUGCUCGGAUUUGCGAAUCCGAAGAUCUCAUUAGCAGUGGACGGUCCACUACAUCCUCGCAGGCAACGAUUCUGGACACGAGAGCUUGGCCAGUAUUUUCCGACCCUGCUUGAGCGCAAUGCGGGACAUCAGGAAAACGUCACGGACUUGUACAGGUACUUGGGGUACUUGGCCAAGUACCUCAAGUAUCCCAAGUACCUCAAGUACCCCAAGUCCAAUGGACUUGGCCAAGUCGGGUGGGUCGACUUGGCCAAGUACCAGUUCACUGUGAGAUGUAUUGAAUAA